UCCCCCUCCUGAAGAGAACGUUUAGUUCCGUUUGGUCGAUACAGCGUGACAAGAAGGCGUUGUCCCUAUUUCGUUCUUCUGGGGUGGUUGAGAAGGGAGAAAGUGGUUCCAUUCAUUCGAACGUUCACUUUCGAUGAGUGAAGGAAUUGUGUGUUUGAGAACAUGUGUUGCUUCGAAUCUUGAAAAGGAAAACUCCAGUGAGUAUGAGGAGCCGAUUUGCUGCUUGGAUAACUGUGAUAGCGGCGCUAUCAUGGCUGCAGCCCUCAGAUGCCAAAGAAGUUGCCAAGAAAGCCACAUUAGAUCCAGGUACUAUACAAAUGCUGAGCAACAUCCUGGACUCUCUAGACAAUUUUCGAAACGACAGGUUGAGAGACCUGGAGAAAAUCAGGCUGACAGCGCCUGCGGGGAAUGUGUCUAUUGUGAACCUCACGGAACCCAUGUCGUUGCCUUCAGACAACAGUUCAGUGUCUGAACACAUCAAAGCACUCAAAGAAGGAAUCAUGGGACACAAUCCUGUCAAGAAAACAUUCGGAUACAAAGUCACUGUUUAUACAACGCCCAUAGAGAGUGACAAAAAAGAGGGUAAACCUGUCUUAGUGACACAAUAUGUGGGAGGAGAUAUGUUGCCAGAAUAUCAUAAAAAGGAAAUUAGCGAAGGUCCAAAGAGAAGAACGGAUGAUCCAGACGAUCUGCAGGAAUCAGCCAAUCAUCCAGAAAAACAUCUAGUCCGUUCCAGUGAAAGUGCUCAUCUGCCGAUCCACGUGAGUGUAUCAAAUGCUGGGGGUGGUGAGGGUCACGAAGAGUCGUCUCAGGAAGGCCAUACUGAUCACAACAGAAAAACAGAACACUCAGACAUAGUUGAAAAAGGUCACCAGAAUGGUCAUCGUCUUCACACCAAUUUAGCCAAAGGCCACGACCACGAAAAGCACAGCGACAAGCACGACGAACAUCAUAAAGAGACAGAGAAGGAGAGUCACAGGCAGGACACCCAAGCACACGACAAAGGUGGAGCUUCACAACAAGGAAUCAGAGAAAGAACCGAGAUUGAAUACUACGAACGUGAGCAUUUCUUGGACACAGAGUACGACAAAGCGAAGAAGGGUCACGACAAAACAAAUGGUGUAAAGGAACAUGAAAGUCACAACGAUCACGAUACGCAUGAAAACAAAAAAUUACACGCUGAAGAAAAUAGCGGGAAACACAAAACUGAUACUGGAGGAUCCAUUGGAAAAGAAGUAGUCGACGGUGAAGGAGUCAUUUUAGAGGCUCAUCCUCAUUAUAGACCUCCUAUAGACGUCCACUAUCCUGACGGUCAUCAUCAGGUUCUGCACAAUAACAAGGCUCUCCAUCACCUGAAUGAAGACUCUCGCGCACUUAAAGAAGACAGUGAAUCUUCCAAAUUGCACCACAGUGAGGAAUCGAAAGGUCACAGAGAACACAACAGUGAGAGGGAUCACCAGUCCGAACAAAAGGACAGUGGUUACCUGGACAAGGACAAGGGACGAAGGAAAGAGGGUUAUAGAGAGAGAGGAUACAAGAUCACUGCAGAAAGGGAAUAUUUCCUGAAUGACGCUCAUCACGACAAGGGACAAUCCACCCACACGAGUGGGCAUAAGUUGAAAGAUGAAGAAGGUGCAGCCCACGGCCACAAAGAGGGGGAAAGGGACAGAGGCUUCAUCAAGGAGGAAAAACAAGAGGAGGCUCAUGAUGCAGCUUACGACCACAAAGACAAGAGAUACUACGAUGGUGAAGCGAACAAAGAUGGUUUCUCUGCUGAGAAAUCAGCAUCUUCGUCUUCUGGGGAGAAGAAAGAAAAAGAGGAAGUUAUCCCUCUGGCUCCACCUCUAGUAAACUACGUAGAAGAAUACCCACACCAUGUACAGCCAUAUCCUUUACCUCCCAUUGCUUAUGCACCAUCAAACGAUGGUGCUCAGCCUGUCUUAGCUUAUCCGCCUGAAGAUCUGAAACGGAAGAACAAACAACAAGCUUCUCACACAAGGCCUCAGUCCUACUAUGAUAGCCAAACAGGUAAAGAGAAGGAUAAUUUCAAGACCCCACAUAAACCUCAACCACCCCUUGGUGGUUUUGAUGACGAGCGACAGAAUGCUGGUUAUGUUGGACACGCUUCUUACAAGAGGAGACAGCCCAGCCCUCUAGUGGCAGCAAUCAAAGAAAACAUAAGAAACAAUGUUCACGCAGAGCCACCAAGUUAUUCCAAAACUGAGAAAACCUCGAGCGAAGAAAACUCUGUUCGAUUCCCAGAUAAGAAUAAUGACCAAUCCAAUUAUAAAGACAACGUGAAAGAAGAGGGCAGCCAAGAAGUUGUGUUUCCCAAAAAAGAAGAUGCAUAUUCGGAUUUUAACCCUAAGUAUGAAAAUGAAAAAGCCUACACAGAUACUCCAUUAAAAUAUGACAGAGUGUACACAGAUUCGCCUCCAAGAUACGCAAAGGAAAAGGCUUACACAGAAUCUCCUCCAAGAUAUGGAAAAGAAAAGGUAUACCCAGAAUCUCCUCCGAGGUAUGGAAAAGAAAAUGCCUACUCUAACCCAUCUGCGACCCAAGAUGGGAAUAAAGAAAGCAAUCCGUUGGUGUACACCUACUCGCAAACAGGAGAGGCACAGUCCAGUUUACCUAAGGAUCCUCGAUAUCUUCCAGAAAACGAUAGAACCACAGCGAAAUUGCAAAGUCCGGAUCCGACUGUGAACAAACCCCUCACUGUGAGUUCGCAUUUACCAAUAGUCAGGCAAACUUCUCAUCGGUUUACAGACCCAAGAACAGUGUACUUGCAAGGAGCUCAAAAUGCUAACAAGCUUAUCAACACUCAUCAUAAUGUGUAUCCUCACGCUCAAGGCGAUUCAUUACCAACAGUUGGUGAUCUUAUCGACGAACUAACUCGUCACAGUGACGCACCAGAAAAUCAACCAUAUUCUCAAGAACAGAACAUAAACACGAAUGGAAACACUCAAUCAGCAUUUGCCGAUCUUCAGCGUAUUUAUAAACUGAACAGAGACGCGAAUCAGCCGACCCGGCUCACACCUGCUCAGAGGGCACAGCAACAGCAGCUUCUUCUAACACAACAAGGAGUUAGAUCAAACACUUAUCCUCAAAAUCCACACCAGCAAAUUCCGCAUGGAACACACGUUUUGCAUUUCCAUAAUCCUCAAGAUAUUCCAAGAACUGGAUCGGCUUUGGAUCACCAUCAGCAGCAAACAUCACCACCUUUUAGCCCAGUUGUCCUUUUGUCUUCUGGGCCUUCAGCUCAAACGAAGAAUCAGGCUGUUGAUGUAUGGUACACUAGGCCUAGAAAUUGAUAAACAAAUGAUUAAUGAUUACAAACCUUGAUGUUAACCCAUUAGUGCCUAAGAUUUAUUUCUCGUAUCUCUUUUUUUAUGUGAUAUAGUGCAAGAUACUUACAGUUUGUCCAGCGGAAAACUAACCAAUUUCAAUAUUAAAAAUAUCGGGAACAAAAGACGAUAGAGGAAUUAAUCAAAUAUUAUGUUUAUUGUGAAAGCUACAAGAAUUUUAUACUGAAAUUUUGGAAUUUAAUUACAAAGGUUGCCGAUGGAUGGCGCUGCGAGCCAUAAAUAACCAGAGCCACAAGUUUUAGCGUUAAAAGCUAAAAGAAGGUUGUUGUACCUGAUUAGGAAGUUUAAACUAUGUAUUCUAUUGAACAUCGUGGUGCUAAAAUAUCUCAACUUAGAUUAUAGUUUUGCGGCAUUUUUAUUCUUUUCAAGAAAUCUGUACAGUAUACAGUUCCAUCUAUUGGCAACUUUCGUAACCAAAUUUCGAAAUUUCAUCAUGAAAACUUUACAGCAUUUAGAAUAAAUAUGUCGCUUGUUUUAUUCCUCUAUACCAUUUUUUUCCCGAGAAUUUUUAUUUUUUCAGAUUAAUCAGUCUUCCUCUGGACACCUUAUAGUGCAAAUUUUUCUUCUUUCUUUUUACUUAAGUAUAAAAUCUAUCCAAUACCUUCCUUUUUUUUUUUUAAAGUUAAGUAGUAGCAAUAUGAAGUUUUUUUUAAUAAUAUAAACGAAAAUCCGUUACUAUCUUUUUGAUAGUACUUAUUUUCCCAUCACAGUAAAUCCAGGCAUUAAUGGGUUCGUACAAUGAACUUCUGCUUUAACGAAUAUCUUGAAUGCCCAGUAAUCGAAAUAGUAAAAUGUAACUGAAUUUACUAAAAAUAUUAGCAAAUUCUAAAACUUGACU